UGAAUACCGAGAACUGUGCUUACGGAUGCGGAAAGCCUUGGUGUAUCAAGUGAAUCACUUUUGUGCUUCUAUCAGAGAAUUCGUGUACUAGCAUUUGCUUCAACGUUCUCUUCUCCAUUCCAACCACCUAAUUGCUCGGGGAUUCCCCGCACUGCGUGGUAAAAACUUUGACAAACAAGGUUUGGCGUUUCAUGACCCUUUGUUUUGAGACGGUUUAGAUUACCUUCUAGAAAAUUUAGAAGAAUCUCUUAACACAGCCUUGAGGGAAAGCGGUUUCCUCGCAGAUUCAACUCUUUAUGGCCUCUGAUCUAUCCAGUCUCGUGGACGUUAGCCCAGAAGACAUUGCCAAGAGCAUCUUGGUUUCAGGAAUUACACCAGGAACCACAGAAGAAGCUGUUGUUAUUCACUUUCAGCAGCGUAAACAUGGCGGCGGCGACGUGUCAUCUGUGAAAUUCUCACAAAAUGGAGACAAUGCAGUGAUUACAUUUGAAGAAAAGGAAACUGUAGAGAAGGUUUUGAAAGGUGACCAUAGGAUUGAAGAAGUUUUGCUUAAAGUUGAUCGGUUUCCAGACAAAAGCAAACCAACAAUCAACGAGAUACCUGUGUUAAAGUCUCCAGGAUCCGUAAAAGCCGAUUCCUUCCCAACAAAACCAGAAAUAUUUACUCACGUAACGGCAACGUUGGAUCCCGUUGAGUUGGGUAUUUCACCACACGAAGCAAAGCAGAUUUUAGAAAAAGUCACGCACGACGUCGAUGUGUCUUUCCAGUGCGAUAAAAAAUUGUUUGUUUUAAUUGGAAAGCUGAAGGAAAUAAAUGAGUGCCACCUUCUUGUGAUGAAGUGUCUUAACGAAGGUCAACCUAUUGAUGCGCAACUGAACAAUCUUUCUUUGGCGAACAAAGGCGCAGAAGUCGAUAAUGGUGGAGGACGAAAGGCAUUAGCAACGCCUGGAAGAUCUGACGUUAUCGUAGCUACGAGAAUCUAUGAAAGACCUAGAACCAAGGUUAUCCCAUUCAAUAAAGUCAACAGCGACGAUCAGGCAGAACGUGUACAUCCCACAAUAGAGGCACGAUGGUUUCAAGUAGAUCCAUAUGCAUUCCGUUUCAUGGAGAGGUUUUUCAAAGAGAAGUUAGAUGAAAUCAAAGGAGAAUGUCUUUUGAAAGUUACCGCUUCAUCUGAAGGUACUCGAGUUAUUCUUCAGGCGAAACAAAACUGUGAACCUUCAAGGUACAACGCCGCUUGCAGCAAGCUAUCAAAACUUAUCGAAACUGUCACCCAUGGUAUGGCUACUUGUGAGCUGGACUUAAACGGUGCGGACGAAGAUUCAGCAAACGUUUUAAUGGAAUACAUUGCGACCAAGUAUCCAGUGAUCAUAGACCGGCCCCAAGAACGCAGUCCGUUUUUUGUCUAUGGCGAUGCUGCAUCUGUAGGAGAAGCCAGACGAAUUGUAAGAGGAGGAAUGAGUCAACAGGAAAGCUAUGAUACUGGCCUUGCUGCUCAAGAAAUGGUAAUGGCAGUACCGGAAAUGAUUUCCUUUGAAAACUCUAGUUAUCGAACAGAAAAUGGUGUCUGUAUCUCCCUUCGUUAUGGAGACAUCACUGCCGAGAAAGUCGAUGCGAUCGUUAAUCCUGCAAACGAAUAUUUGUUCCACGGAGCUGGCCUUGCAAAGCUGAUUGUCCAAAGAGGUGGACCUGAAAUCCAGAGGGAAUCUAACUCGUUGAUACGAGAACGCGGUUUUCAAUCAUUACACAUCGGAGACGCAGUGCAUACAGUCGCAGGAAAUCUUCGCUGUAACUUUGUCAUUCAUGCCGUUGGUCCCGAGUGGUUCAAACACUCACAUACAGACAAUAUGAAACUUCUUCAGAGGGCGUGUCUCCAAAGUCUUAAACUGGCGUCUAAACUUGGCUUAUCAUCCAUCGCUAUACCAGCUAUCAGUUCCGGCAUCUUUGGUGCCCCUAUUGACUUAUGCGCCUUUGCCAUGUUUAACGCAGUGGAGGAAUAUCUUAGAAUGCCGACCGUAACAAAGAAAAAAGUUACAAAGAAAGAAGGGUCUAAACAAAGCAACCAGAAACACAAAGAAACAGAUAAGAAGAAAAAAUGGACCAAGCCGCCGAAGGAGACACCAAGCAAUACUGCUGAUGGAGAAAAAAAGGGAGCAAACUCCGGAGCCGUUCUUAACGAUAUUCGGUUUGUCCUCAUUGACGCCGACUCAAUGGAUGUUUUCGAGAAGAUAUUCAAUGAAAGAUUUGGAGGCGUUACAGAUAACAUCGUGGAUGACUUUGAGGAUCUCGAUGACGAACAUGAUGACGGUGUAGUUUAGCGCGAGGAAAUCACGGCACCAAACUUAAACUAGACUUGUACUCGUAACAGGAACUGUCAUUGGGGAAGCUUUACUGUGGCCAAACGUUUUUUUUUUAACAUUUUCCCUUGUCCACUACGUGAGAUGACUGAAAGUCACAAUGUCACUUAUCCUAAGGAAUCGUUUUAAUUCUAUCAUAGACACGGGUCGAUUGAAAGGCCAUGAAAUAAACACGAUUUGUUGUGACGGACUUGAUCGGUCAUUGGAAGCCUCACUGACUGGUGAUAUCUAAACAUAUUCGUCAUACCAAGUUUGCAAGUGCCGGUUGUAUCUACAUACUUUGUCCAAAGAACUCUGUGAUACGUUAAGUUAUAGAAAAUUCAAGUUGUUUGUUACAAGUAGCGGUUUAAUAGACCAAUUUACCGACU